AUGAAAUACUUGAUUAUUUAUUUUAUUCUUAUAAUAAUUAUAAUUAAUCUUUCAUAUUCAUUAAAUUGUUUUGUAUGUGAUUCAAAAGAAGAUGAACAUUGUCCAGAAACAUGGACACGUAAAGAUAUACUUCCUGUUGAAUGUGAAGGACCUGAUGGUGUACAAAAUGCUCGAUUUUGUAUAAAGACUAUUGCUGUUUUUGGAGGUGCUGUAGCAACAAAACGUUUUUGUACAUCACGUCAUAUGGAUAAUCAAUGUAUUGAAGUAAAAUAUCCUCAAGAUGAAAAAAUGUAUUAUUCAUGUACAUAUACAUGUUCAAGUGAUGGUUGUAAUCGAACAUAUCGUUUAUAUUUAUCAAGAAUAAUUUUUCUAUUUUUUCUUUCAAUGCAGAUUUUUUUUUCAACAUUCUAA